GGUAGUGUUUACAUCGUGCUUCCUCAAAUGACAACCACUGGAAGAUUUUAUAGAAAGUUGGAUUUACUGACGUUUGUUUUUAAUUAAGAUAUCGUUACGACAAUAACAGUGCUUUAACGUUAGACAAACGUUAGCUAUUAUAAUUAUUUGUUGUUAUACAAGUAAUCAUCAUGCGGUUACCGGGCGUUUUGCUUUUGUCGGGGUCUGGGGUUCUUCUUGUAGGAAGCUUUUUUGUUAUUGCUUAUGGAAACUCCCACGACGAUGAGUGGAUUGAUCCGUACGACAUGCUGAACUACGAUGCGUCAUCGAAAAGCAUGAAGAAGCCUGCUGAGGCCAGCAGCUAUAGUAAUGUGCCCACUAAAAGAAGAGAGUACACUCCGGAUUCUAGCUCAGGGACCCAGUGUCCAGACAUCACUGAGUGCACCAACAAGGUGAACACGUUACAGAGAGAGAUUGAAGAACACAAAAGGAGGGUUUCCUCUUCCUCACAUCAGCCAACAUGUAAUCCAGUUUUCAAGCGCUUUCUCUCAAAGCUUCUGAAGGAAAUUGAGAAACUUGGAUUGCCCACUGCUGUUAACACUGACAUGCACUAUGAUGCUGAGGUGAAGCUGUCCAAACAGAUGGUGGCAGAGAUCCAGAAUCUUCUGAAUGAUGAAAGCAGUUGGAGAACUGGGGCUCUGGAUGAUGCUCUUAGUCAAAUACUUGUCAACUUUAAACUCCAUGAUUAUGAGGCCUGGAAGUGGCGCUUUGAAGACACAUUCAGUGUGGAGCCUGAAACGGUCAUUAAGGUCUUCAUCUUGAUCCUGAUCAUUGUGGCCAUUAUUUGCACAGAGAUGUGGUCCACAGUGUCCUGGUUUGUGCAGUUUAGAAGGAUGUUUGCCAUAUGCUUCUUCAUCAGUAUAGUGUGGAACUGGUUCUAUCUCUAUAAGAUUGCCUUUGCUGAACACCAGGCAAACAUUGUAAAGAUGGAAAACAUAAAUGAAAAAUGCACUGGGGUGAAGAAAAUUGACUGGAAGGAUAAUCUGAGGGAGUGGUUUAGGACCACAUGGACUCUGCAGGAUGAUCCUUGUAAGCAAUAUUACGAGGUCCUCAUUGUUAAUCCCAUUUUGCUAGUGCCUCCAACGAAGGCCAUCACGAUCACCAUCACCACAUUUAUUACAGACCCUCUGAAGCAGUUUGGACAAGGCAUUAGUGAGUUUCUCAGAGCUUUACUCAAAGACCUGCCUGUGACCCUCCAAAUACCUGUGCUUCUUACUAUCGUGCUCUCUAUUCUGGUGUUUAUGUAUGGUAGUGCCCAAGCAGCCAUCCAGCACGUUGCCCUUAGGCCUCUGCGUGGGGGGCGCAGAGACCCUCCACCUGCUGUGCAGCAGUCGAACGCUCCUCCACUGAGGGAGCCAGACAGAGAGGAGCAAAGGGACCAGUGGGCAGGAGGUGACGCUGGUCAUGACCCGCCCCUUAGACUUAGACAUCGUGCAGGUCAGGAGGGCAACCGAGUCAACCAGAUGGGCAACAGAGCUAAUGAGGACUGUGACAGGCCAGAAAUUAGCCAGAGGAGACGCAAUGGGCCCAGAGAAGAGCGGCGAAAGGUGUACGUGGAAACCUUACGGAAUGCUGACCUUUACAGCGGCGAUGACACAGACAAUCUUCAGGGAGCCGCAGCUGACGACUCAGGAGUUCAGCAGGGAACAGAGGCUGAACCUCCAGCAGAUGUGAACAAAGAGGAAAAAAAGACACCUGCACACAGCAACACGGAGCAGAAACCCGCUCAACCUGUGCCCAAGGGGCAAAGUGCUGAAUGUAACAACUCAGAUAACACAACAUCAAGAGAUAAUCAAAGGAAUGAUUUGGAGCUGUCAGCAGGCGUUUUGGACCCGUCCAGCAAAGAGGAACACGUCGAAACUAUUGGGACUCCAGUUCAAGAAUCAUUGCAAUAAUGCUCAUGACUUAGAAAUUCCUGUCUUUAUUUCUUUGUUGCUUUGUAAUUGUGUAUAUAAUUUGACUUUUUUUCUUUUUAUGAGUAAGUGUGAAGCUAUAUAAUAAUGAUAUUUCAAUAGCGGAAGCACUUGAAUAAAGAUUUUUGCAUUAUUUUCAAAA